AUGUGGCGUUUACGACAAAUGCCCAGGCGGGCUUUCGCGACACUGCACAGAGAGCCAUUGAUCCUCCCUACUCCAAAGCUUAUUUCAACACCAGAUCUUGUGGACGAAGAGGGACUGCCAUGCUAUAAAAGCGAACAAUACUAUCCGGGAAAACCAGGAGACGUCAUUGGCGAUCGUUUUCAGAUUCUGGUCAAAAGAGGUUAUAGCAACGGGUCAACAACAUGGAUGGCUCGUGACCUACGAAAUACGAAUUCCGACGGCGAGAUCCUCAGGGACUUGAAAAUAAAUGUCUGCGGGGACCCCAGUGAGAGGGAGCUGGAGAUAGAGAAACGUAUCGAUGAGGCCGGAUCGGCGCAUCGCGCGCGUAAUCUUCUUCGAACAAAUCAUGAGAACUUUGAAGUCAACAGCCCCCAUGGCAAACACAUUUGUUUGGCCUAUCCACCUCUGGGAGCGCCGCUGUGGCAUUUCAAAGCACGAUUCGAGAAUGAAGUUUUUCCAUUCCCGCUCGUUAAGCUAUACCUCAUGUUUCUAUUAGAGGCCCUAGAUUGCCUUCAUAAAGACUGUGCCAUUGUUCAUACUGAUUUAAAAUUAGAGAAUAUCGUAAUGCCAUUCGAAGACGACGAAGCGAUGUUCGAAUUUAUCAAUCGACAAAUCAGUGAGCCAGCAGAAUACAAGCUUGACGCCACUGGACAGCAGGUAUUCCGCCGCGAUAAUACUUUUGGACCCCUCAGAGAUUCAUGGAGACUGAAUAUGGUCCCACAUAUCGUUGAUUUCUCCUCAGCUCUGCAGCUCCACGGAGAGACUGGACGAGGCAUCAUGCCAAUACAGCCGAGCCAGUACCGAGCACCCGAAGUCACACUUGGCUUUCCUUGGAAUAGGAGUGCAGAUAUUUGGAAUCUGGGGACUCUGAUCUGGGACAUGGCCCAGGGAACACAUCUUUUUCAACAGGCACAGGAUUCUGAGAGAAGGCCUACCGCGAGGGCGCAUCUUGCAGAGAUGAUUGCCUUGCUCGGCAUGCCUUCGCUCGAGUUCAUCGAAAAAUCGCGUUCGACACUGAAGUUCGAGUGGCCACAGGAGAUCCGGGUAAAUGGCGGUGAAUUGGCUCGGAAUGCUCAUGACAUGUUUGGUGGACCAUUUUUCGAUGGAAAUGGCAAAUUCUUACAUAAGGAUUUGAUUCCAGAUCGGAGGAUCGAGGACUCAUUGCCUUUACUGGAAGAGGAAGACAAGAGGGGACUAUUGGCGUUCGCGAAGAAGAUGCUCACUUGGGACCCAGAGGAACGAGCGACUGCUCGUCAACUGCUGGAGGAUCCAUUCUUGAAGCUUGAAGAAUAA